AUGCCAUUCCGCCGACCAACCUCCCCAGUUUCGCUCGAAGUGUGCUCGCCUUCCGCAGAUGAUAUAGUUUCAGAUGGUGUGCUGGGCUCUGAUGAUGAAUUGGAAGAGGAUGCACGCAAUGCACAGCGCCAGAGGAUCGAGAAAUUGGCCGAAGCGUAUCUCCAAGGCGCCCCGCUCUUUAUCCUCUCCGCCUCCCUCAAGGGACCGUUCGAUCAGGGAUGGGUGAAUCCUUGGAAAAAGAAACGGAAAGCGCUCAAUGCAGCUGAGGAUUCCAGUGAUCCAGUGGUGCAGGAGACUGAUCCGCGGCCAAGGAAGCAGUUCCAUCAUGAGUCGCACGAGUCGUCUCGUCGUACGGAAACCUCCGUCGCUCUGUCAGAUGCCCAUAGUGAGGGCUCGCUGGCGAGCUCGAGGCAUCAGAAAUCCCGCAAGCCAUUGCAGGAUAAGCGGAGCCGGAAUUCAGCAUCCGUGCAAGGCACGCCGAAGAGAACAGUGCCUUGGACCGGGGAUGCCCAGUUGAAUUCGGAACUACGUAACAGCAGCAUCGCAAGACCAACAGAUGACAAUUGGCUGAAGAGGGACCGUAGGAGGAUUGGGUUUCGAAACUUCGAUCCGCCAACGUCGCCAACCACUACUGUGUCCACCCGUCUCUCCGAUACAAGAAAUCGACGGCACCAGUCCCUUGUUCCCAGUCCCAGACCUUCAAGCCCCAAAAAUACAGACACCAAGGAACCAGCAUCAUCACAAAUUGAAAGGAUACAAGAAACUCGCCGUUCCGAAUCUAUCGCCGAAAGUCAUUUAUUUUCAUCAACUUCACAGUUGCCAAAAUUUGAAUUUCGGCGACGGAAGAAACGAUCCAAAUCAUCGACAAUGAAGCAAUCGGAGGAAUUAUCUGUACUGCCAGAGACCGACAAGGCUCAGCAACCACUUGGACAGGAAAGUCAGCAAGCGCCUCAACAGCCUAUAUCCCCAACAGGAUCUUCAAAGGAGUCAGCAAAGCGUGAAAAUGCGUACAUUGAUCCUUCCCGGCGCACUUUCACGUCGAUGGCAGGCUCUCGUGCCUUUGACAGCCAUACUACUUCGCGCUUAGGUCUUCUAGAAAGCCGGACGACGCAUGGGACCAUAGAGAAUUUGCCGUCAGCCCAGCCAGUAUCACCUAAUCCUGCUAUGACAGACUACGCUCCAUCCUUGCACUACACAGCCCCACCAACGAGUGUGUCGGAGGAUAAUCAUGACGCUGGCCCAGUCCCACCGCUUUCCACCCAAGCAGCCUUAAUCCAUGCACAGAAGUCUUUUCAAGACGGUUUGGAAAGUCAGGUGGAGGAUCAACCCAAAACAUCCUCCAAAAAGCGACGCUCUUCUCGAUCUUCCUUUCCAAGCUCGACUACAUCACAAAAAAUCACACCCUUUCACCAUCUUAACACACCUCGUCUUGGUUCAGAUAACAAUCCCUCAAGAACUGCCGCUGCUGCGGUGCCCAGUACGCAGUGUAUAGUCGAUGCUGUCACCCCUUUUACCUUCAGCACUGAAAAAAAGCGCCAUCGCCAUGCCCAUAUUGAAUCCUUACCAAGAGUAACGUCGAGCAACAAGAAGCAGAGAACCUCCAGUUUCUCGGACCGUUCUCCGAGUCGUUACCCCGACUGGUCACUAUCGCCGGAAAGAGACCAGCUCGAUCAUAGGAACCAAAGUGGGCGGGAGAGCCCACGCGAUUUACAGCCUAGGACAAACCGUAAUGGCAAUAACCACGAGCCCUCCCAGUCGACCGCAUUACCACUGACAUUGUCGGGGACAACGCCGCCUACUGCCCAAGAAGGUCAGGGAGGUCUUGCAGGCGAGAGCUUUAACCUCAGCCAAGCAAUCGCUGAUGCUGGAAGCUGGCUGCAAGAAAGUUUUGACUGGAACAGGGACCUUCGAAGGUCCGGCAAUAACCCUGGUGCAUCGUCUGAAGAUGCACAACGAUCUGCUUUGAAUUUGGAUACCCAUUAG